AUGAUGAAGAAUUUUAUUUUAAUAUCAGGCAUUUUAAAUACUUCUAAUGUAUCAGAACAUAACAAUGAAAAUAAAAAUAAUCUUCAAAUAGAACACUGUAAACAACCCAAUAAUGAUUUACAUCAAUCAGUGUCAAAUGAAUCUAGAUUUGCACAAAAUUCCAACAAUAAUUGUGAUAUAAGUUCUAAUGUUUCUUCUCCUCGUCUUAAUUUUAUUUCACAACGAAAUAAUUUAAUAAGAUAUCCUCCUAAUUACAUUCAUCAGCCAGUUCUUUUACCAUUCUAUAUGUUUUAUCCAAGAUAUUUUCCUAUGAAUAUUCCUAGAAACAUUAAUAGAAAUUUACAACCACGUCCUUGUAUAUUCUAUCAACCAAUUAUGUACAAUAAUUAUUAUUAUUAUCGUACACAACCACAACCCUUUAUUCUUUAUAAUUUGAAUCCAUCUUACUAUAAUUAUAAUAAUUAA